CGCCUCUCUCUGUUCUAUUCAAUACAUCACACGGUCAACACCAAAAUUAGAAGAAAAAACAAAAAGUUACCACGUUAGCUGGUUGAUGCAAUUUUAGCUAAGCACAUCAAUCGAAAUACUCAUAAAAUGGCCAACACCGCGGAUCUAAUCCCAAAAUUUGUGGCUCUGGGAAUGAGCGAACAGAAGGCCAUCGAAACGAUAAAAAAUGCAAAUUUAACAAAGCAUUUGGAAGCGGCACUGAACGAAUGUAAAGGUGUCCAACUGGCGGAUGGAGUUGGUAUGCUACUCUACCAUUUGGCCACCAAAAUUAAACCACAAAUCGUCCAAAAUGGCCUACCAAUUUUGGUUAAGUUGAUUGUUGACAAGAAGUUGGACACAACUGUUCGAAUAGAUGUUGCCCUGGAUUUCGUUCUGAGUCGGGGCCAAUCGAAGGAAGCUAUUAACAUUGCUGAACUGGAGACAGCUUGUGGGGUUGGCGUUGUCGUAACACCGGAACAGAUUGAAUCGGCCGUCGAUGAGGUUAUCAAAGCCAAUAAGCCCGCCAUCAUAGAGCAACGAUAUCGCUUUAAUGUUGGGAAAAUAAUGCAAGAAAUUCGUACGAAAUUGCCAUGGGCCGACGGUAAACAUGUUAAGAGCGAAAUUGAAGUGCAGCUAUUUGAUUUGUUGGGCGAAAAAACUGCUGCUGAUCUGGCUCCACCGCCGAAAGUCGAAAAGAAACCGAAGGAGAAGAAAGAGCAGGCGAAAGAGACUGCAUCGGCAGCGGAAAGCUCUUCCGUUAAAGAUGGUGCGCAUUCCAUAGCAGAGCUAAUGAAAAAGGUACGUUUUCAUGCGCCCGGUGAAAAUCACAAGACUGACGGCUAUGUCGUUACUGAACAUACCGAAAGACUUCUGAAACAACAUCUGAAAGAAACAUCCGGCAUGGUACGAACUCGUUUUCCACCAGAACCGAAUGGCAUUUUGCACAUUGGUCACGCCAAAGCAAUUAACAUCAAUUUUGGCUAUGCUGCAGCUCAAAACGGCACCUGCUACUUACGUUAUGAUGAUACAAAUCCCGAAAAGGAAGAAGAAAAAUUCUUUAUCGGCAUCAAAGACAUGGUCGAGUGGUUGGGGUACAAACCUGCGAAAAUCACGCACUCAUCGGAUAACUUUCAGCAACUGUACGAUUGGGCAGUGGUGUUAAUCAAAAAGGGUUUGGCCUACGUGUGUCAUCAGGGUGCCGAUGAAAUGAAAGGAUUCAAUCCGUUACCUUCGCCUUGGCGUGAUCGCCCCAUUGAGGAGAGUCUUCAACUUUUCGAGGAUAUGAAAAAUGGAAAAAUUGACGAGGGUCAAGCUACACUUCGUAUGAAAAUCACAUUGGAAGAAGGAAAAAUGGAUCCAGUCGCUUAUAGAAUAAAAUUCGUUUCUCAUCAUCGCACGAAAGACGAAUGGUGCAUCUAUCCAACCUACGACUACACACAUUGCCUCUGCGACAGUAUCGAAAACAUUACGCACUCAUUGUGCACAAAGGAGUUCCAGUCCCGUCGAUCGUCCUACUACUGGUUGUGCAACGCAUUGGACAUUUACUGUCCCGUUCAAUGGGAAUAUGGCCGACUGAAUGUCAACUACACUGUUGUUUCGAAGCGAAAAAUCGCUAAACUCAUUACCGAAGGCAUCGUAGAGGAUUGGGACGAUCCCAGAUUAUUUACAUUGACAGCAUUGCGACGACGAGGAUUUCCGGCGGAAGCAAUUAACAAUUUCUGUGCACUCGUCGGUGUCACCGGAGCUCAGGGAGCUAUUGAUCCGUCCAUGUUAGAAGCAUCAGUUCGCGAUUAUUUGAAUUCUACUGCGUCUCGAGUUUUGGCGGUGCUUGAACCGCUGAAAAUCACCAUUUCGAACUUCCCAUACGACAAGCCGCAACGAAUAACCGUACCGAAAUUUCCGAACGAUCCGACACUCGGCAGCCGUGAUAUCGUGUUUGAUAAAGUAAUUUAUAUCGAACAGAGCGAUUUCAAAGAAGUUCCAGACAAGGGAUAUCGUCGAUUGGCUCCCGAGCAAACCGUUGGACUUCGGCAUGCCGGUUUUGUGCUGAAAGUUGACAGAGUUGUCAAAAAUGAUCAAGGAAUCGUCACGGAACUCGUUUGCUCAUGCCAAAGUACAGACACAGCUGCCAAACCGAAAGCGUUCGUGCAGUGGGUAUCUCAUCCCAUUGAAAUAGAGGUCAGACUAUAUGAAUCGUUGUUCCGGCAUAAGAAUCCGGAAGAUGCGAAUGAAGUGCCUGGAGGAUUUUUGAGUGAUUGUGAUCUGAACUCGUUGACCAAAUUGACUUCGUACGUGGAUGCGUCAUUGAGCAAGUGCCAAGUCUACGAAAAAUUCCAAUUCGAACGGAUUGGAUUCUUCUCUGUUGAUCCGGAUUCAACCAGCAAACGCUUAGUGUUCAACCGCACUGUAACAUUGAAGGAAGACUCCGGCAAGAACUAAUGGUUCAUCUUAAUACUUUGUUAUAUUUGACGAAAUAAAAUGAAAUUUUGUGGAUAA